GGGCGGCGGAGGGAUACGGUGCGGUGAGGCGGCGGCGGAGCGAGCGGGAACGGACCGUCAUCUCCAUAGCAACCGUGAGGAGCUGCGGCGGCGGAGGCGACCGACACGACGACAUCAUGGCGGAUCAACUUACAGAGGAACAGAUUGCAGAGUUCAAGGAAGCCUUCUCCCUGUUUGACAAGGAUGGGGACGGCACUAUCACCACAAAGGAACUGGGGACAGUGAUGCGCUCACUGGGGCAGAACCCCACCGAGGCUGAGCUACAGGAUAUGAUCAAUGAGGUUGAUGCCGACGGUAACGGGACUAUUGACUUCCCAGAAUUCCUCACGAUGAUGGCCCGGAAGAUGAAAGAUACGGAUAGCGAGGAGGAGAUUCGUGAGGCAUUCCGAGUGUUUGACAAGGAUGGUAACGGUUACAUCAGCGCGGCUGAACUGCGUCACGUAAUGACUAACCUGGGUGAGAAGCUGACAGACGAGGAGGUGGACGAGAUGAUCCGAGAGGCUGACAUCGACGGCGACGGACAAGUCAACUAUGAGGAGUUUGUGCAGAUGAUGACCGCAAAGUGAAGAGUUCUUUAAGACAGACACCUGUAUGUUCCUCCUUUCAAACAGUCUCUCUAAACUUUACUGCGAAUAUGUUUUUUUCCCCCCAAAAAAAUAAUUUUGCUAAUUUCUAAAUAAUCUGUAACUGGAUCUAGUUUUGGGGAAAAAAGGAGAGAGGAAAAAAAAUUAUACUUUUCAACAAAACUUGCAUGAAAACAGUUGGGAGUCUGGAUUCUAACGAGAUCCGAUGGGAUGGUAGGAGAGGGAAAAAUGUAAAUGAAAAGCAAAUAAUAGAAUGUUGGAGGGAGCUUAGCGUGAAACUAACGGGGUAAAAUGCUUCCAGUCUAUUGUACGGCCACAUGCUUCCUUUGCACGUGUUCGUUUAUAUAUACUACAUAUAUAUAUAAUAUAUAAAAAGAGACAAAGUACAUGUUUUGAGGUCCCAUUGCAGGGUUUGUGUUGAUGGUCGCAGUUUACUGGUUUCUGUUUUUCACGGUGUUGUCUGUUGAUGUUUCUUUAAGACCGUGAGAAUUUGCUGGGUGAAAGAAGACAAAGGUCUAUCCAGUUCGCUUUCCACUAUCCUGGCAGUCGCUUGACACGUAUCCCAAACUAUAUUUACAGUAUGUCCUGUGAAGCACUUUGAGACAUCUCGAAGAUAUGAUAAGGCAUUAUAUCAAAUGCAAGGAUUAUUAUUAUUGUUAUAUACUGUAUCCCGAGACAUUAUUUCCCAACAGAAAUCUAUCUCAUUUGGUCUUGAAACAACACUCUUUCCUUCCACUGCGUGGCUCUCUAGGGAGCCUGUUCUAUACGUUUACUACUCGCUGAAUGAAGUAGUGUUUCUGCAGAUUUAAUUAUUGGACAAAAGGAAAGAAAUUUUCUCCUUUGCGUUUAUUAAAAAAAGUUUUGACUUCACAACUGAAAAAGGGCAAUCUUGGGCGAUUUUAUGGCUGUAAUGUGCAGCCACCGUGCUUGCGAUUUCGCGCGUUAGAAUCUUUUCCGAUCCCUUCUGGUCACCUCGAGGAGUAUAUGUAGAGGAGAACAGGUCGGAAGAACAUCAGCAACUUGCAUUUAUAUAGCACCCUUCACGCGGGUUAGCCUCCCGGGUGCCUCACGGUGACGGAGUCUGACAAGAACCCGAUGCCAAGCAGUGAGUUGCCAGAAUUGAGUCUGUUGAGAGGAAUUGAGUGCCAAAGGUUGUGGUUGGGAUAUUUGGGUGUUCUUGUGACAUCCUUUGUCCUUCGAAACAUGUAGCUUUCUCGUUCCCGUUUGACCACAGCAGCAAGACCAGGCUCGUGAUAAAACUACAUGUCUUCUAAUCGGCCCCAACAGUCCCUCUGCUCCAUCGUGUUUAGUCAAGUCUUCAACCACCAAACAAUCCCUUGUUCUCGGGAGCUUGCUUGCAAACCCGCUCCGCCUCGUUCGCUCGCUAUCUCUCUCUCUCUCUCCCGGCCUGCCUUCCAAACUCUCCCCCAAACAUCUCUCUCUCUCUGACCGUGUCUUUGGUAACAUCUUUAACUCUUUCACCCCCCUGCUACUUGUCCAGUGCUACAUCUGUCCAGCGCUUGAGACGUCCCUUUACAUGAGAGGCGCUGUGUAAAUGCAAAUCGGAGUUCUCUCAGCGCAGCACGCAUGUACUGACCCCUGAAGUUUAACCAGGUCUUAUCACGUCUUGAGACGUCUCAAAUCACUUCGCAGGAUAUACUGUAAAGCAUAGUGACUGUGUACUUUGUGGGAGAAACUCAGCAGCCAAUUGCGCACAGUAGUGCCCUCACAAACAGUGGUUGGAUUGAGUGACUAAAUUAUUAUUAUGGAGUUCCAGAGAACGGGGGCAGAUAGGCUUAAAGCCCAGCCACCAACGGUGUGUGAUAAAAGUAAUAAUAAUAAUAUUAUGUGGCCAAAUUGCACUUAGCAGAAGGACUCGUGUGAGUUGGGUGGGUGGGGGGAGUGGGAAGGAUGGGUUUAGGUCUGAAUGCAGCCUGCUAGUGUGGCACAUAUUGUACCCCCUAUAUAGUGUUCGGUGUAUAUUAUAUUGUGUACUUGCUGCUGUUAUCAUUGGCAGGUGUGAGCGCUUUGUUUUUUGAACAGACGUCAAUCUCUCAUGCUCUUUAAUCUGCAAAUAAGUUGUGAAUGAGUGCGCGUGUGUGUAUGUAAACGUGUGUGUGUGUGUGUGUGUAUAUACAUGCAUGUGCGUAUGAGCAGAAUCUUAACGGCCGCGAUUUAAGGCGUUUUGCAGUGACCUCCCUUCUAAGUUGUCACGUUUCAGUGUUUUCCAAUAAAACUUGCUGAUUAUC